CUUCUAGCUUAACAACCUUCACAAUAUGUCGCACUAAUAUAUGUCGCUGAUGCUACAAUUUGUGGCAAAAUGUCACAUGAUCUAAUUUGUCGCUCGAUAUAAGACCAUACCUUAAGCGUAAACUGUUCUGUCACUUGUCAUUAAUUGACAGCCCUCAUUUGGGGUUGAGUAUAGUUUAUGAAACACGGGUGGUCAUUUUGAGUAAAAUUAAAAUUAGCCGAAUUCUAAAAAUGGAUGAAAAUUCGGUAGUUGGUAUAUUUGAUGCAGCUCAUGUACGCGAUUUUAUUAUAAUACUUCUUUGGAUAGAAUUUCUAUGGGAAACAUACCUUUCAAUUCGGCAGUUCAAAAAAGCACAAUGCGUUACUGAAGUUCCCGACGAAAUUAAAACAGUUAUGAGCAAAAAUGAAUUUGAGAAAGCUAAACAAUAUUCAUUAGCUAAACUUAAAUUUGGAUUUGUAAAAGAUACGCACGGCAUAAUUCUCACCACUCUAAUUAUAUAUUAUGGUGCUCUGGCGUAUUUUUGGGAUUUUUCACAUGAUAUUAAUCCUGUGAAAGGAGAAGUUUCCACUAGUUGUAUAUGGCUGUUUAUAGUGUCACUCAUAUCAACAUUUAUAGAUUUACCAUUAACAAUAUACCAUACAUUUGUUUUAGAAGAAAAAUAUGGGUUCAACAAACAAACAGCUGGAUUUUUUGUAUGGGAUAAAAUUAAAGCUUUUAUCGUUAAUCAAAUUAUCACAUUAUUACUUUCUUCUGUCAUUAUAGUAAUAAUUAAAAGUGGUGGUCCUUAUUUCUUUAUUUGGUUGUGGGUAGUUGUGUGCAUUUUAUCGAUGGUUCUUCUUACAAUAUAUCCAUCAGUAAUUGCUCCUCUCUUUGAUAAAUACACACCUUUACCUGAAGGAGAACUUCGAACGGAGAUAGAAAACUUGGCAUCUCAAUUAAAGUUUCCUUUGACACAAUUAUAUGUAGUUGAAGGUUCAAAAAGGUCUUCCCAUAGUAACGCUUACUUUUAUGGUUUAUUCAAAUCUAAAAGAAUUGUUUUAUUCGAUACUCUGUUAGCUAAAGAUGACGGUACUGGAUGUAAAAAUGAUGAAAUCCUCGCUGUUUUAUCCCACGAAUUAGGCCACUGGUUUCAUAAUCACAUUAUAAAGAAUCUAAUAUUGAUGCAAGUUAAUUUAUUUUUAUUGUUCUUAGGUUUUUCCAUUAUAUUUAAGUACAAACCUCUGUAUGGGGCUUUAGGAUUCUUUAAUGUACAACCAGUUUUAGUUGGGCUGUUCGUUGUUUUACAAUAUGUUAUGAUGCCUUAUAAUACGGUGUUAAACUUUUUAAUGACGUGUUUAUCUAGAAGAUUCGAAUUCCAAGCCGACGAUUUUGCUGUGCAAUUAAAAAAAGCCGAACCUCUCGAAAGGGCGUUAUUACAAUUGAACAAAGAUAAUUUGGGUUUUCCAAUUAAUGAUAAUUUGUAUUCAGCUUGGCAUCAUUCCCAUCCUCCGCUGUUGGAAAGAAUUUCCGUUUUAAGAAAAAACGCGAAGAAAGUAAAAUAGACUGAUUUUCAAAAAAUUGUUACCUCAAUUUUUUAUGUUGUUUAUUAAUUAAAGUGUAUAGAAAUAAGUAUAUAAUUUUUUUUAAAUAAAUACUUAUUCUUUA